CACACACACACACACACACACACACACACACACACACACACACACACACAAAUAAAACACACCAUGUGAAGGGUUAGCAGAAGAAAAAAAGCAGAUUAAGGCAUAUUGGUUUCAUGCCGAAACUUCAUGAAGUUCACUUUCGCUCUAUUUAUCACUUUGAUGUAUCUUGAAAUAUACUUUUGGCACGAGUGCGACACCUCAGUACAUCAGACCUACAGAGCAUAUAAACAAUAAAUGUUAUAUUUCUUUUUCUCGGCCCCGAGCUUCAGUCUGAACCCGUUUACCUCUCUCCCAAUGGGUGUGCUUUGAUUCAAGUGCCUGAGUAAAAUGCUGUAGGAGGCCAAAGCUCUCUCUCUCUCUCUCUCUCUCUCUCUCUCUCUCUCUCUCUCUCUCUCUCUCUCUCUCUCUCUCUCCCCCCACAGUCAAACAGCUGUAUCGUAUAAUUACUUUUGUCAGAGCAAUACGUUUAUCUCUGCUGGGUGCAACUUGUCUUUCGGUUUGUUGGCAGUCAGAUAAUGUCUUUAUUUAAAUAAGAUUCUCUUUUUUUACAUUCUAAAUAGGGGGAAAUAUUUUGUUGAACCAUUCCCCUUUACUACCCUACUUUUAUUGUGUUUUAUUUAAUCCUCUUUUAGUUUAUUUUAUUUUUUUCAUUUUACCUUCAUUUUAACCUUAAUCCUUUUCACAUCUUUUGCGUAAUUUUAUAAUUUUCUCUUUAUACUUUUGUACUUCCAUGUUUACCUGCCUGUGGUGUUUCCUCAUUUCAAAUGUGUGAGGUUCCUUAAUGUUGUUUUGCUCCGUGGAUGAAUGUCUUUUAUUCUUUGAAGGACUUUGUGUUACAGUGUUUAUGAGAAUUGCUACACAAAUAAAUUCUGAUUGAUUGAUGUAAGUCGUCACGAACGCCCACAUCACCAACAGCAUCCAGGACCUUGACUGACCCUGGAUGAGGAAACACAGGAACACAUUCAUCCUCCCACACAUGCUGCAAAAUUAUAAUACUACAUUAAUAAAUACUUAAUUUGAACUUGAUGACGUCUUGGCUGAAGCAUCGUUUCUUUGUUGUCACAUGUGUGGACCUUUCUGCCCAAAAAACAAAGAUAUUAUGAAAUCGGGGGGGUCAUAUUGAGUCCAUAGCCACGAGUGUGUGUGUGUGUAUACGUGUGUAAAUCACACAUAGUGUACCAAUGCAUUUGGCAUUAGAAAGUUAUGACAAAUACUACACCAAGGAAACAAGCAUUCUUCGGACAAACAUGUUGUGGUCCUAGCAGAGCGAUUCCAUAAUGGUAGGCUUAUGCAAUGCUGAAGGCAAAUGACCUUGUUUAUCUGUCUACCUGAUAAGACCAGCGUCCACCAAAGAGACUGGAUGGACAAAUAAGGGGUUAGUGUCAAAACAGUGUCAAAGCACAGUUUGAGUCCACAUUACUUAACUGAAUAAGUGUUUGACGACACACAGUCGGACGUUUCUCUCAUCAGCUGUUAUUCUCUCACAGCCUGCGUGCUCGGAUGUUCCUAAUCAUCUUCAGCUUUACUGAAAAAGCAGUACCCACGUGAUCGGUUUUCACAACCUCCGAGGUAAAAAAGACGAAGAUCAGUAAUUUGGUCACUCCCAAAAAAACAGGGUUGUUUUGAUGUACAAUCGCUUUAUGUUCCAAAGUCAAUAUUGACAACAGACCUCGUGAACCUGGAUCUACGUACGUCAAACAGCGGCUUUGUCAAAAAUAUUUUAGAUCUGCGGCCGCUGUCAAUCAUUAACUCCCCUGGAGGCCAGAUGUCCACAUAAAUACUGCUGGUUCAGAGAAAUCACUUUAGAAGGAAAACUACAGUCACACAGAGCAGCUGAAAAGAAAGAAGAUAGUUAUCCUGCGACCGAAAGAUGCCUGGAUUAUAUGAGAAGCUGACGUUUGUGGCAGGAGUGGCCCUGGUGGUCCUGGCCGUGGCGAGGUCUUCCCCAGUAGUGGGCCCGGAGCCAAUCCGCUGUGCCGCCUGCACGCAGGAGAAGCUGAGCGACUGUCCCGCCAUCCCGGCAGGCUGCAGCCAGGUGCUGAGGGAGCCAGGCUGUGGCUGCUGCAUGGCCUGCGCUCUGGAGAAAGGGGCGUCCUGUGGGGUUCACACGGCUCACUGUGGCGAGGGCCUGCGCUGCACUCCCAGGCCCGGUGAGGCCAGACCCCUCCACGCUCUGACCAGGGGACAGGGGGUCUGCACUGAGGACAUUGGCCAAGAGUACACAGAAGGAGACCAGGGCUCCCUGCAUUACCUGUUGGGUCUCAACCUUCCCUUCGACCAGCAAGACCAUGCUGAGGGCCAAGAGAGCAUCAAGGCCAAGGUCAACGCUAUCCGCAACACACUGGUGCAACAGGGACCCUGUCAUGUUGAACUCCACACAGCGCUGGACAUGAUCGCCACCUCUCAGCAGAAACUCGGAGAGAGGUUCACCACCUUCUACCUCCCUAACUGUGACAAGCACGGCUUCUACAAGGCCAAGCAGUGCGACUCGUCUCUGGUUGGACCUCCCACUCGCUGCUGGUGCGUCUCCUCCUGGAACGGGAAGAAGAUCCCAGGGUCGAAUGACCUGCUCGGUGACGCAGAGUGUCAUCAGGAAGUCACGCUCUGAGGGGAUCGACGUCGCCACACGCACCCAGAUGCUUACAGAUAGAAGUCAUUUAAUAUCUGCAUGCUGCCACCUGGAGAACUGACUUAAUUUUAUUUACAAGAUGCAUGCAUCAAAACUUAUUUAUUCACUACUUGUAUAUUCUUCUUUGUCUUAACUAUUUUUGUUUUUUUUUAUAUGUUUGCCUGUUUGUAUGUUUUUCCAGUUGUAAAUAAGGCAACACUGUAUACAUUUGAGUUUCUGACUAAAUAACUCCAUUGCUCAAAACCACAGGUCCGCAGCUAUGCCAAGAGUUUUCAGGAUCCGUUUUUAUUUUUCAUUCAUUCAAAAACCAUACAGCCGCUCAUUCAUUCAACAUGUUGACAUUGUCUGAAUGUAUCUCCGUUGGCGUUUCCUCAAUGGGUAUCGGUGGGAUACUUAAAGUGCUGUAAGCAUAUGUGCACAGUGGUCAAGCACAAACAUUUACGCAUUUGUCUACCUCGACUAGUCUCUACAGGUUUAGCCGGUUUAACACUGAGGGUUCAGCUCAUCUACACUUUCUUACCUUUUUAUUUGUCUCUGAGGUCAUCAAGGGUCAUUUUUUUUUGCCUCUAUUCUUUUAUUUAUUAUGAUUUGUUUGUGUUUUUGUUUGUUGUUGACGUCAUGCAUAGUAAAUGACAGGUAUGCUGCUAUUCCAUUAUUGGA